GGAGCCGCCUGGUGUCUGGGCGCGGCCAUGUUGGAGGCUCCGGGCCCGAGUCAUGGCUGCGAGCCUUGCAACCCCAGUGCCAGCAGAGCCACCUGCGUCGGGCAGAUGCUGGAAGUGCAGCCAGGACUGUAUCUCGGUGGGGUCGCGGCCGUCGCGGAGCCAGACCACUUGAGGGAAGCGGGCAUCACGGCCGUGCUAACGGUGGACUCGGAGGAGCCCAGCUUCAAGGCGGGGCCUGGGGUCGAGGGUCUGUGGCGCCUCUUCGUGCCAGCGCUGGACAAACCCGAGACCGAUCUGCUCAGCCAUCUGGACCGGUGCGUGGCCUUCAUCGGUCAGGCCCGCGCUGAGGGCCGUGCGGUGUUGGUGCACUGUCACGCAGGAGUCAGUCGAAGUGUGGCCAUAAUAACUGCUUUUCUCAUGAAGACUGACCUACUUCCCUUUGAAAAAGCCUAUGAAAAGCUCCAGAUUCUCAAACCAGAGGCCAAGAUGAAUGAGGGGUUUGAGUGGCAACUGAAAUUAUACCAGGCAAUGGGAUAUGAAGUGGAUACCUCUAGUGCAAUUUAUAAGCAAUAUCGUUUACAAAAGGUUACAGAGAAGUAUCCAGAAUUGCAGAAUUUACCUCAAGAACUCUUUGCUGUUGACCCAACCACGGUUUCACAAGGAUUGAAAGAUGAGGUUCUCUACAAGUGUAGAAAGUGCAGGCGAUCAUUAUUUCGAAGUUCUAGUAUUCUGGAUCACCAUGAAGGAAGUGGACCUAUAGCCUUUGCACACAAGAGAAUGACACCAUCUUUCAUGCUUACCACAGGGAGACAGGCUCAAUGUACAUCUUAUUUCAUUGAACCUGUACAGUGGAUGGAAUCUGCUUUGUUGGGAGUGAUGGAUGGACAGCUUCUUUGCCCAAAAUGCAGUGCCAAGUUGGGUUCCUUCAACUGGUAUGGUGAACAGUGCUCGUGUGGUAGGUGGAUAACACCUGCUUUUCAAAUACAUAAGAACAGAGUGGAUGAAAUGAAAAUAUUGCCUGUUUUGAGAUCACAAACAAGAAAAAUAUGAACAUGAUAUUUUAUAGCUUUGGAAGAAACUUGCAGAUGAUAUGUACUGCCUUUGCUUCUUACAUUCAUUGCAAAUUGUUUAUGCUGUUAACAUUUCAUUUGAAAUGGGAGAAGAUAAAGUCACUUGAUGUAACCUGGAAACUGUUUUACAUGGCAAUCAAAGGCUUUUGGUCAUGUACAUUUUAUUUGAUAUUAAAAUCUUUUAUAACCAGA